CAGAAGUUGUCACUCGUUAUUACCGACCGGAAGAAACACACGAGACAGAGUGCGUGUGUGUGGCACUGGCAAUUGCUUAUUCUCAUGAUCACCUUGAAACGUCUUCUUUUGCAUUUCCACGAUCGCCAGAUCACGCAUACCGGUGAGAAUAUACAACAAGCUGUUACUGCAGCAACAAAUUGCUCCAACUGAUAAAGAAUCCACGUGGUCACAUGUAUCGCUAGAUACAAUGACAGAUGCCGUACACCACGUUAAAAUGAGACACUUGAGACCACGGAGACAGAGGGGAGACGAAGAGAAGAUGCAGAAGCAAGCAUCAAGGAGAAGUAAAGAAAUCGAUCGAUUUCUCAAAACUAGCGGCAAGACAUUCUGGGAUUUUCAGAAAAGGUGUAUGAAACUGUUACUUUUAGGUGCUGGUGAAUCUGGAAAGAGUACAAUCAUGAAGCAGAUGAAGAUUCUACACGAAGACGGAUUUAGCGACGAGGAGCGUCAAGCCAUAGUCGACGUUAUUAGGCGAAAUUUACAUGAUGCUAUUAUGACUAUUACGAUGGCCAUGAGCACGUUGACGCCCUCUAUCGAGCUGUCCAAUUCUGACAACCAGUGCAAAGUAAAGUACAUCCAAGAUGAGAUGAGAAUAAACGAACGGAACUACGAUUUCCCCCAGAUAUUUUUUGAACACGUACAGUGUCUUUGGGACGACGAUGGUGUCCGACAGUGUUAUGAACGAUCAAACGAAUACCAACUAAUAGACUCGGCUAAAUAUUUCCUCGAUAGGGCUGACAAAAUUGGUAAAGAAGAUUUUGUGCCGUCAGAUCAAGAUAUUUUACGAAGUCGUUCUAUUACGACAGGGAUAUUUCAGACAAGAUUCUCCGUCAAAGGUGUUCAUUUUCAUAUGUUCGACGUUGGGGGACAAAGAGAUCAGCGAAUGAAGUGGAUUCAACUUUUCAACGACACGACAGCAAUUAUAUUUGUUGCGGCUUGCAGUGGAUAUGACCUUGUGCUUCGUGAAGACCCUACUCGCAAUCGAUUAAUGGAAGCACUCGAUUUGUUCAGACGUGUUUGGAAUAAUAGGUACCUCAAGAGGGUAUCGGCGAUUCUAUUUUUGAACAAAUGUGACAUUUUGGCUGAAAAGGUAAUAACUGGAAGAACCACAAUCCGACAUUACUUCGCGGAUUACACUGAUUACUCAAUCAGAAAAGAGAGUGCAAUGUUAACGACAGACGUAUUUGAUAGGCCAACGUCGUGUUUCUGUCUGCCCAACCGACAAUCAGGAACACUGUCCAACUCAGAGAGACGAAGUUCAUCAGACGGUGAAAAAGAGGAGAUUUUGAAAGCUAAAACAUAUAUAUUAGACAGAUUCACGAGAAUUACCGAAGAAGACGUCAAGCUAAAGAACAUGAAAUUUUGCUACCCACACUACACAUGUGCAGUGGAUACUAAGAACAUUGAACGCGUCUUUAACGAUUGUCGGAACAUCAUACAGCGGGAACACUUGAGGAAUUAUGACCUCCUGUAG